GCGAUGAAGACUGUCCGUUUAGUUUUGCUUGCAACCUAUAUGUUCCUGGCACACAUUCCUUCAAGAUUCUGCCGCCCAGUUGCUGAUCUCAACUUUUUCAGAAGCCGUGGCUCCACAUUUAGUGUUAGAAAUUCACUAAACGAACCAAGAGAUGAAGCCUUGGUAUACCUUCUAAGGGACAGACUGCUCAAGUACUUAGAGGAAGAGGACCCCGCCCUGCUGUCUAGCCUGUCCCAAAUGUCCAGCCGGGUACGUGUGGCCGAUCAGCCCUUAUCCACUGCUGAGUUGGCCCGUCUUGUUGGCAGUGCAGAAAGCCUCACACACAGCCAGGUCCCCAUUGGAGAGGCUAGUAACAGGAUUGACCUUGAUAACUUCCAAGAGCGCUUAAAGAGGGAAGAUCCUCCCAUCUCCAUUGAUCUCACGUUUCAUAUCCUGAGACAAAUGAUCGAAAUCGCAAAAACCCAGAGUCAGAAGCAAAAAGCAGAGCAAAAUCGGAUCAUCUUUGACUCAGUGGGGAAAUGAUGACUGGACCGAUGCUCAAGGAAGGAUAUUCUCACCACGAAGCCAUGCAUUCGUCCGCUCCAGAGGUCCAAAGACCUCGCAUCCGCACCAUUUUGUCAGUGAUACAUCAUUCCAGAUGACUUGGUCUGAAACCAGUACCGUAUUAUGCCUUGACGAGCUGCUAAAACAACUUUACUGAGACUGCAUCUGAUGAAAAGGUGGGAAAUGUAGCACAGACAGUAAACAAUAGACUGCAUUACUCAACUGUUACGAUAUGAGUUGUUAUGAUCUAAGGGUCGUGCUUUCAUUUAGGUAGAAGUACAUGCAAUCUGUCUUCAUUAAGAAAAGGAACACGUAUCUCCAUUUAAGUCGUGUAUUAGUUAAGAACCCUCCACAAGCUUAACUGUAGCAUCAGCACACUGCAGUCUGGCACGGUGUCAAUAGCUUGGCACAUUUCUGAAGGUCCCGCAUACAUUUUUAGACAACCUGAGUUGAAGACACAAGACAGCAGGUAGAUGCUAGUCAGCAAGUACACCCGUAUGAAAUAAAGACAUUUCCUAAAAAAUGUAAAAUGAACAGGCUAAUAUGGAAGCUGUCUUUUACUGGAGUAUGAAAGAAUUGGUAGUUGAUCACUAACGCAUAGCAGAUUGCCCAAAUAAAAUGUUUAAGUUUAAAGAUUAGGUAGGGAAAUGCCUAAUAUUAUAAUUAUUUAUUAUGGUUAUCUAAGUAUUUAUUGAUUUACUGAUGUAGUCCAUAGUGCCUUGUCACAGCCAGCCAUGAUUUAUGUGGCGCAUGUACGUGUUAACAUGAUUAAAACGAUCAAAACGUUAUAAUUGUCAAACGUUUUCUGCAUUGCCCUAUUUGUUACAUCACCAUCUACCAUCAUGACAAAGGGUAAAGAUGCCACUAAUGAGAAUGUGAGCAUAACUAAUAAAAGACCAUAUAUGAAGCUAAUUAUGUUUCUGCUUGCUAGCUUAAUGAACUGGGUUUAAACAUUUGCAAAGAACAAAAAAUGGAGUCAUCACUUAAUUAUUCCAUGGCACACCAUCCCCUUUUUCCGCAAAUUCUUUGGUCAUUUAGACAUCACCCCUCUGCCUUUGUUGAUUACUCAAUAGGACUCACGAAAUAAAAAAAAUAAUAAAGUGCCCUCCUGAAGUGACUGCAGGACACGUGUGGUACUAUCAUUGUGUUAUGAUAACAAAAUAUACUAUAAAAGAAGACAGUCAGACAAAAGCUCUGACUAGUUUUCCAAAAAAAGUUUUUUGUAUGGGUAAAGAGACAAAUACGUGUUGUAUGCACACUUAUGAAAAAAAGAGACUGAAGUCAAGACAGCAUGAGAAAAGUCAUGCCUAUGAAGAGUUGGGUGGUGGAAACAAAACAGACUAAUAGUCAGUACUCAGAGCUUAUCCAGUAAAUGAGAAGACCAGAUUAAAUGGGUCAUGUAGACAUUGUCUGUGUUAGCCUUAAUCUAGUGUCUAACGAAAGCAUUAUUUGUAAAUGGACUUGCCAAGCUGUGUAUCUUUACGUGUAAGUGCUAAGAUAUCAUGACUGGUGGGAUCACUUUAAUUUAUGUAAUUGCAAUGAGUUAAAGACAGUGUUUAAAUUUGUAUUAAUUUUUGAGUCACGUACUCUGCCGAUGUCUAUUUUGAAAUGUGUAAUUUUGUAUUUUAUUUAAAAUAAUUUUCACAACUAUGAAGCAUUCCAGUGCCCUGCUUACUUUUGUAAAACUGUUUAAUGCAAUGACCCUUGCUAGGGCUUUCUUUACUUUAAUAAUUCUCAAACCUUAAACUUAAUGAGUCACUUCAUUGUAACUACAUUGGCUUCAUUAAGACAGUUGUUGAUGAAUUCUUGGUUAAGACAUAUCAGCAUACACUUUAUUGCAAAAUGAUGAUGCACAAUAUAUGUUGUAUUAGAAAAUGGCCACAUACAAACUCCAGCAGUAUGAUUGGCUCACACAGACAGUUUGUCAUCAGGUAAAGCACACCUAAAAUACUAAAUUUGAGAUUAUAUGUUAAUUAUUUCUGGUGUUACUGUGCAAUAGAAUUUAAAUAGUUUUGGUAGGCAUCCUAUUUUCUUUUGCCUUAUAAAUGUGAGGUACUGAUCACUACCUAAUAUGCACCUACUUACACACACACACGUGUGUGUAUAUAUAUAUAUAU